UUGCUUGGAUAGUUGUCGUUCUUAUGUUACAGAAAAGGAAAUGAAGAUGAGAGGGAGUGGCUGAAUUCUUCGCCAGCUGUGGUAGACAAAGAUUCACACAAUUUGCAACGAAAAUCUCCCUCUGAUCUCAUCUUGUUGAGUUAUGGAAUCAAUUUCUAUGAUGGGAAGUCCCAAAUCUUUAAAUGAAACUUUCUUGCCAAAUGGUGUAAACGGUAUCAAGGACACCAGCAAGGUCACAAUAGGCAUAAUUGGAAGUGGAGAUUUUGCAAAAUCACUGACCAUUAGGCUUAUUAGGUGUGGGUACCAUGUGGUCAUAGGAAGCAGAAACCCUAAGUUUGCUUCUGAGUUCUUUCCACAUGUGGUUGAUGUCACUCAUCACGAAGAUGCUGUAGCAAAAGCAAAUUUGAUUUUUGUUGCUAUACACAGAGAACACUAUGCUGCUUUGUGGGACCUCAAACACCUGCUUGUUGGUAAAAUCCUUGUAGAUGUCAGCAAUAACAUGAGAGUUAACCAGUAUCCAGAAUCUAAUGCAGAAUACUUGCAGUCACUUUUCCAAGAUUCUUUUGUUGUCAAAGGAUUCAAUGUUAUCUCAGCCUGGGCACUGCAGUUAGGACCCAAAGAUGCUAGCAGACAGGUCUACAUAUGUAGUAAUAGUUUUCAAGCUCGCCAUCAAGUUAUGGAACUUGCCCGUCAACUCAGCUUCAUUCCUCUUGAUUUGGGCGCUUUAUCAUCUGCAAGGGAGAUUGAAAAUUUGCCUCUUCGGUUGUUCACACUGUGGAAAGGACCAGUAAUAGUGGCUGUCAGCCUGGCCACCUUCUUCUUCAUCUAUUCAUUCAUCCGAGAUGUAAUUCAUCCUUACGUGAGGAACCAGCAGAGUGAUUUCUACAAAAUUCCUAUUGAGAUCGUGAAUAAGACAUUGCCAGUUGUUGCUAUCACUUUAUUGUCUCUAGUGUAUUUACCAGGGCUGCUGGCAGCUGCUUAUCAACUUUAUUCUGGCACUAAGUACAGGCGAUUUCCACCUUGGUUAGAGAGCUGGCUGCAGUGUAGGAAACAGCUUGGACUGCUUAGCUUUUUCUUUGCAACGGUGCACGUGGUUUACAGCCUCUGCUUGCCCAUGAGGCGGUCCGAACGGUACUUGUUCCUGAAUAUGGCUUAUCAGCAGGUCCAUGCGGAUGUUGAAAAUACAUGGAAUGAGGAAGAAGUCUGGCGGAUUGAAAUGUAUGUCUCCUUUGGAAUAAUGAGCCUGGGGCUGCUUUCUCUGUUGGCUGUAACUUCUAUUCCUUCAGUAAACAGGUCAUUAAACUGGAGGGAAUUCAGUUUUAUCCAGUCUACUCUUGGGUACGUCGCUCUGCUCAUAAGUACUUUCCAUGUGUUAAUUUAUGGGUGGAAAAGAGCCUUUGAGGAACAAUACUACAGAUUUUACACACCACCAAAUUUUGUUCUUGCACUUGUCUUGCCAUGCACAGUAAUUCUGGGUAAGGUAAUUUUGCUCCUGCCGUGCAUAAGCAGGAAAUUGAGGCGGAUAAGAAGAGGAUGGGAAAGAAGACAAUUUAUGGAAGAUGGAAGUGGAAUUGGUUCACAUCCCUCGCCAGAAAGGGUUACUAUCAUGUGAGUCUACAGUGAUGCUAUUGCCUUUGUCAGCAUUGUCCUUUCAAAGUGAUGUAGUUCAUAGAAGCUUUACUGUAGACUGAAACCUGUGGGAAACAAGUGAUGAUAUGCUGUAAACUAUUAGGAAGUGGGCAGUGUUGGUCAAUGCAGACAUAACAUUUUUAACGUGGCAUAAAUGUCCUUGAGCACAUCCCUGCAUUCUGAAGAUUUGCUGUCUGGGCAGAGAAAGUGCGUUCUCAAACCUCUUCUGCCACACUUGGGUUUAUUAAGCAUGUUGACCAGAGGAUAAAUACCAUUGAACUCCAUGGGGUGAAGAUAUCUGAGUGAAGAUUCUUAGCAUUGCACCAUUCAUAAUGUUACAGCUGUCUUCCCUUAGGCUGCCAGAUUCAGCACUGGAGAACAGUCAUUUUCCUUUAAAUCUAUCAAUGUUACAAAAGAUAAGUCCUGUCCUUUCCUUCCCUGGCCCAGCUAUCUACCUCCUUUCCUGCUUGCUAUAUGCCGUGCCUGGAGCCUUGAUCCAUUAUGGUAGGUUGGAGGUGUGGUGUAAGCACCUGCCCCAAGAAUCACUGCUGAAUUUGGCUCCCCUGAAACAAAAUUCUGUUUCUACACGCUGAGGAGCACCAGGCAGGUGGAUCUUGCCAACCUUUUAAUGCACAUCCCAUAAUGCACAAGUUAGCAUUGCUCUGGGACAUUGUGGAAGACUUAACUGGUGGCCAAAUGGGGGAAAGGCUGCAGGAGAGAGCUUUCUUCAACCUCACCCACAUUUGCAAGCAUUUGCUCCAUUGUUUCCAGUGGGACUUGGACACCAUUGGGAGCACUGCCAUCACAGCUAAUAAAUUCACACUGACAGAGGAAGGGGUCCACUUUUCCCAGUACACUUUUCACCCAGAGCCAGCCAUGACGUAGUGAAUGAGGGGACCAGAGAAGCUGCAGCUGCCCUACUUCCUGCUGCACCAGGAUAUUUUGAAGUAUAUGGUUGUUUUCCAGCUUUCGAUAAGGCUGCCAUAGUCUUUACCCUUUGUUUACAUGUUCAGUAGUGUUUUGAAAUUGCAAGAAGUUCAAACCUUACAAAGCUAGCUAUUUGUAACUGUGCUCAAAAGACUGCUGGUUUCUGCUAGGUAGAUUACUACCUAAAUUAGCACAAGCACUAGUGGACAAUGAAAUGAAAGUAAGGGGCAUUAAUAGACCAAACUAGACAUUAUGGCUGCAGACUGAUUUGCUAAACCCAGAUCUUGUUCAAUCACAUACAUUUUCGGGGAGGGAAAGGGGUCUUGUUUUUUGUGUUUGUUUUUUAAGGAAAGAAAAUAUGGGGGCUGGUAGAGCUUUCUCUGCCUAUGGCUUACCUGCAUUUUGCUUCUCAUUCCCGGCACAUUUCUUCUGCACUGAGCCUCCAGUACUGGAAGUGAGCUCAGCUGGAAGAGGAGCAAUUGGGUGAAAGGCACUAGUGGGAGAGUUCCGUUGCCCUUACCCACAUCCAUAAUCCUUGGGACUGUAUCCUGUAGGCA